AUGUCUGUCCAGCAGUGGGUGACCUCCCUCCAGGGUCUCGAUAGUCUUCGGCCUCGAGCGGUUCCUGCACCGACCCCCGGCCCGGGCGAGGUGUUGGUGGAGAUCCAUGCCAUCUCGCUCAACUACCGUGAUGUAGAAGUGACCAAGGGCGAAUACAAACACCACAACACCGCGGAGCAGGACACCACCGUCGUGCCUUGCUCGGACAUGUGCGGCGUAGUCAAGCAGGUCGCUCCUGGCGUGGAAAGAUGGCAGGUCGGUGAUCGCGUGGUGUCGACAUUCGCCCCCGACCAUCUGACCGGCCAGGUGACGGAGAAGGAGCUCGCUGGGAGCUUGGGGCUCCCGCAAGAUGGCGUCCUGACCACCCAUCGGGUCUUUCCAGAGUACGGGCUGGUCAAAGCGCCAAGCCACAUGUCAGAUGAGCAGGCAGCUACACUCACUAUUGCAUCAGUCACUGCUUGGAUGGCCAUCAAUGGGAUGCGCCCCCUGGGGCAAAGUGGAGGGAAGGGCGAAUAUGUCCUACUUCAAGGUACUGGCGGCGUGGCCAUUGCCGGGCUGCAGCUUGCCAAGGCAUCCGGCGCCACAGUGAUUAUUACUUCCUCGUCUGACGCCAAAUUGGACCAGGCGAAACGACUAGGCGCCGAUUUCACCAUCAACUAUCGCACGACCCCGAACUGGGAGGAAGAGGUCAUGAAGUUCACGGGGAACCAUGGUGCAGAUAUCAUUCUUGAAACGGGCGGUGCUCAGACAUUGAGAAAAAGCUUUGACUGCAUCGCCUUUGGGGGUUUGAUUGACUGCAUUGGAUAUGUGACGGGCAAGGUGGAUGCCGAUGAUGAUCGCCUGAAUGUGAACGUGUUGACGCUGCGUCGAACGGUGACUCUAAAAGGCAUCAUCAACGGGCCCACGGAUCGGUUCGAGGAGAUGCUCCGGUUCUACGGGGCACACCAGAUCCACCCAGUAGUGAACCGGGUCUUUGCCUUUACCAAAGUGAAGGAGGCUUUCCGGUUCUUGGAGAGCGGCAGUCAUUUUGGAAAGGUGGUGAUCAAGGUCAAAUAG